AUGGGAGGGCCCAGGAAGAAGAAAAAAGCAGAAAAUUCAGAGGGCGUGCGCGCAGAAUAUUUGCACUUUCUGCGGAGGUUUGAGAAGUGCCGCCUCUAUGAAGGACAGAAGAUGUUUAUAAAAGACGCCACGGAUGCGAUAGAAAAGGGCGCACUUGCGAUUCUGGAGAGUCCAACGGGAACGGGGAAGACCAGAUCCAGCCUAUUGUCUGCUAUGUACUAUGUGCGAGGCGCGGAGGCUCUUCCGGAGGGGGUUUCGCAGGAAAAUCUGGCUCUUCUAAGGGAAAUUUACGGGAGGUCGAAUAAGCACGUUGUUUAUGCGUGCAGGACGCACGGGCAGCUGGUACAGGUUGCGAAGGAGCUGGAAGCCCUAAACAAAAUAGGGGGGCUUUCGGUGACGGGCGUAGUUCUUGGGGCGAGGCGGCACACGUGCAUGCACCCGAAGGCGAGAAAGUCCCAGGACGUAAACAACCUCUGCAGAGUCCUGGUGAAGAACAAGAAGUGCGAGUUCUACAGCAACUUCCUGGCAGAGAGUGCCGCCUCUGGGAGAAGGAGGGAAAAGUGCGAAAUAUCGAUAGAAGAUGCAGUGCAGCGGGGGAGCGGCUGCAGAGUGUGCCCGCACUUCUACUUGAAGAGGGAGGCAAAAACUUCGUCUAUUAUAAUUCUGCCGUACUCUCUUUUGCUGCAGAAGGACUUUUUCGGGGAAAUAGGGAUAGAAAUGCGCGAAACAGUUUUGGUAGUUGAUGAGGCGCACAACUUGUGCGGGUCCGUGCUGGAAGAGAACACGGUGACUGUGGAGUACUCUGAGGUCGAAAGUGUUUUGCCGUUUUUCUCGGAGUACAUGGAGAAGAAGGAGGGCGUGCACAGAACAGAGCUUCUGGAGGUGUUUAUAUUCAUGUCUGCCUUGAUUGUGCGGGUUUCCGAGCAGGAAAGGAUCUUCCAUGUGAACAGGUUUUUGCUGGAGGGAGGGCUAGACCAAACAAACUUGCUGGAGGUGGCGCGGGUGAUUGAAGAGCGCUCUCUCCCCAGUAGGAUAUUUCCCGUGAGCGCAGAAGACGUGCAGAACCGAAAGGAGAGCGCGCUCAGAAAAGUCGGGAAACUUAGCAGGCUUCUUGGAGAGUGCGACAAAAACAGUUAUCUGAUCGUGGAUAAAAACGCGAUAUCUUUCCGAAAUAUAUACCCGCAUGGGUACCUGGAGUACCUUUCCGAGGUGAAGAGCAUCAUAGCAGUGGGCGGAACCCUAAACCCAUCCGCAGAGAUUAGCGGACUUUUCCAGAGAGAGUGCAUAAGCAAAGCGUACCCCGCAGUGUGCAAAAAUCUGGUUGUGGGCAUCUGCCAGGACUUCCUCUUCACAUACGCAAGAAGGAGCCAGGAGGCGGAAAGGGCGCUCUCCCUGGCCCUCGCCCACUACAGAAGAGUCAAAUCAGGGGGAAUUCUUCUUUUUGUGCAGUCAAAAAGCGUCCUCUCUGAAAUGAAAAAGUGUUUAGAAGAGAAAAACUUGGACGGGUUUUUGUUUGAGGGGGAUGCUGAAAUGAGCACGUACAAAAGUGCUCUCGCUAGGAGGAAAAAGGCUAUCAUGGUGUGCGUUCUUGGGGGCAAUUUCAGCGAGGGAAUCAACUUUAACGACGAGCUGUGCCGUGUUCUAAUAGUGUGCGGAAUACCUCUUCCGCAGCCAACGGAGGAAACCCAGCUAAUCGAGAAGCACCGAGGAAGCGAGCACUUUAUAGAUAAGGGCUUGCAAGUGGUGAAUCAGGCCAUAGGAAGGUCGGUUCGAACGAGAAGCGACUACAGCUACGUGGUGCUUCUGGAUAGAAGGUUUGCAAAGUACAGGGAAAAGCUCUCCCACUGGAUGCAGCCGCACAUAAAAUGCAUAGACAGCGCCCAGACUGUUGAUGAAGCUUCAAAGUGUCUCUCUGAAUGGGAAAAAAACUACAAGGAAUAG